GACGGCUGCAUGGACCGCGGCAUCCAGUCGUCUCUGCCCUCUAUCGUCGAUGCCUGCCCGCCGCACCCUGCCCGCGGCUCGAGUGCGCGAGAACGGGCCGCAGCUGAGCAUCGGCUACCCGGCACGCGCGGCCGGGGCGACGCCGCAGCCGCGCGAGCGACGACGGAGACGGCGGGCUGUGCCGUCGUACGACGACGUGCUGAGCCGACACCCUCACUCACCGACGUCCAGCGUCGAGGGAGAGCUCGACCCCGUCACAGGCGGCAUGAUGGCGGAGUGGGCGAGUGUGACGGACGGUACUAACAGCUCAGGCACCAGCGCUCGCUCCAGCGCCGCCAGCUCCUCCGACGGAUCGUUCUUCGACGAGGCGGACUUUGCGAGCGCAGUCGCACACGCCGCUGAGACGGCCGGCUACACUGUUGCCGGCAGCGUCAUAUCGGACCCGAACGGAGAUUCACGCAACCACGUUUCUCGUUCUCACUCGUCUGGAGCAGGUAGACAACAACAGCAGCAACAGCAGCAGCAGCAGCAGCAGCAGCAGCAGCAGCAGCAGCAGCAGCAGCAGCAGCACCAGCAGCAGCAGCAGCAGCAGAUGCCACUGAGGCAGAGGUACCCGGCGAGGCCCGUGAGUCCCUACAGCACUGACAGCAACAUGUCUGAGGUCGUGAAGCAGCGCUCAUAUCCCAAAGCACACCGGCGGAAGCAUCCAGGUCACAAUGCGAAUGUUCCGGGUCUACCAAAGGCAUCGACAGGGGAGAAGAGACAGCCAAACCCACGGAAACCCUCAAACCGACAGCUGGCAUCAGACCCCGAUGAUAUCCCACCGUACACAAGACCUAACUUUCCUACUAGUCCACAAUCUCACCCGCAGUCAUCUGGCAGAAACGGCAGGGGGUCCGAGAGAGAUUUCAACAUAAGGGCCAAUCCAAUGGCAUACAGGAUGGAGCAACCAGAGAAUUCGGUCGUGUAAGACCCCCUCAGCCACGGACUGCAUUCGCUGGUGGACUUAUCUAAGGAAGAUGAUUCUCACCGAGUCAACUGUAAAUACGACUGUACAGCAUUGAUUUGCGCUGCCCGUGACUGCCACUAGAGGUCGCUGCAGCUGCAUGGAGGCACGUCGCCCAUUAGCUGGUGCUGAAGUCGAUGUGUGGAUCAUCGGUCACGGAUCGUAUGCUCCCAUGAGUUUGACAUGGCCGGCAGAGGGCGUUAGAAUUUGAGAGUCUGUUGGGUAUUGCAGACGACAUCGAGGUGGUGGAGCCUGAUGGUCAGCCUUGAGAUGAGUCGUGUAUAUGUGUACCCGUGUGGCGGUGACAGACGACAGUAUGUGUUUUAGUGUCUAAUUUAUUGCUUAUUUUAGAAGUCUGCUUCGCGACUCGUUUUCGGCGCGGAUAUGAAACGUAGCGAGGCUUCCCGGAUCGCGGGACUUCCUCGCCGAGUUUAGCCGUCAUUGCGGUGGCGUGAGCGGGUCAGCGCCACUCGUAGGAAACCUGUGGGCGCGGACUGAGCGGCCUGUUUUAUAAUCAAACAUCGUAAACUCUGGUAAACUCAUCGUAUAUAUAUAAAUAAAUAAAUAUAUAUAUAUAUAUAUAUAUGUAUAUUCUCGAACUUGUUGUUAGUCGCUUACACGGCGAGAGUGCAUGGCGGCGGCAUCUCUCUCUCUCUCUCUCUCUCUUUCGCACGAACUAGCGAACGGAGGAGAUGGGGAAUCAUUUGCCCACAUUUACAUUUACCAUGUUGGAAGCAUCGCGUCGAAAGGCAACAACAUUUGUUCUCGAUUUUGUAGAAAGUGAAAUGUGCUAUAAUUCUGUCACACUGACGCGUCAGUGACUUUAGCGGUGUAAUAUUUUUCUAUAACGGACUAUAACUAGUGUUUAUUGUAUCUCGGAUUGUACUUCGAUGUACGUCUCGGCAUCAGUUACGGUCUAUGUUAAGAGUUAUAGUCCUGCAUACGCCAGAAUUGCUUCCAUACAUGUAAAUUCCUGUAGUACUCUGUCGGUAAUGCUUGAACCUUGAUUCGGGGAAAUGAAACCUAAAGCUUAGAAGCAUCAACGUAGAAUGACGAGAAGUAUUUUGUACUUAUACGUGGGAUUUAGUCACAGGAAGAUGUGUAAAUAAUGGCAUUGUAUGUUGUGUGAACGUCCAAUCCUGUCUCGUCGGAGUGCUAACGUCAGCUGUGUACAGAGUAAUAAUCUUCAGCAUAAUUAUGUGAAGUGUUAAAUAAAUAUUUCUCAAACUUGUAACACCGUUUUAA